UAGAAAGGACAUUUAUCGUUUACUCCUGAGAAAUGACCAUGAACAAGAGAGUAUAAAAGCCAGAAGAGUUUCCAGAGUGUGUAUCGAGGUUCUGUUGUUGGUACAGAUUUCCUUAUUAAGGUAGCUGUUGAUUCUACAUUCAAUCACCACAAAGAUGAUGCGAUUGGUAAUUCUUGCUUGUGUCUGCACUGUUGCUUUGGCGGGGAUCUUCCCCUACAACGUUCCAGAAGGCCAACACGACCCGGCCUACCUGCAGGCUCUACAGCAGCAAGCUCUCCAUUACAUCAACCUACAACAGGUACCGGAUCUCCAGCUUCAUAGAGCUCGUGAGCUUGAAGUAAUUGCCAAGAAUCCUACUGCCUACCACCCUGGUUACAACUAUGCUGGUCAUUACUACCCUGGUAAUUACUACAGUGGUUACUACCACCCCGGCCACUAUUACACCGCUUUGCACCACAAUGCUGCCCUUCAUCAACAUAGUCUGAAUGAGCAGAAAGUCAUCAACGAACAGAAGGCCUUGAUUGCCGGUCAAUAAACCAGUGGACUUGUUCAUGAUUCCUUUCCCUUGGUCUAUACAUACCUGCAUAAAAUAAUAGAGAAACUGGAUAAUAAUAUCUAUAAUUAACUUCACUAGCUAACUUUACAUUAAAGGUGAUGCGUUUUAGAAGACCGGAUAAUGUACUGCUUAAAAGUGAUAUAAAAUGAACAAAUGACGUUGCCACAAAUAUUUGUGGUAACUGCAUUCGCUUAACUCGCUUGAAAUAUUUUUGUUAUUUACUUUGCUAGAUUCUGUCUGCCUUAUGUUAUUGUAUUCAUAACUCUAAGAGACAAAUGUACAGAUAUCUUACUGCCUUGUAUUAAAGAGCCUAUUACUGAA